AUGGUCACCUGGCCGAUGGUACCGGGUGGUGGUUCACAGCCGUCGGGGUCGACGUGUUCCGUACUCGUACUACUACAGAACAACCUCAUGUACAACAACAAGAUUUAUGUCGUCGUGGCCAUGUUGGUGUCGAUGGUCAUCCUCCUCCACAAGGUCAGGUUCGGCAAACAACAAAAAGGCAAAAAGAAAUACAAAAUCUUUCCUGGUCGGGCGGCUCUUGAAAUCGCCAUUGUCGGUCAUCUCCACACUACUCACAGUGGUGGUGGUGGUGGUGGUUUAGGUCGACUUAUAUGUUCAGCCAUACAACGACUACUACUGCGAGGGCGACAACGACGUGGUGAUGUCGGCGAUGGUGCAGGCGCCGGUUCAAUCUACGGCCUCACUUCGACACACCAAGUUCUCGUCAAUUUCCCUCCCCCGGACAUGGACAAAAUCAUGUCACUUGCUCACCACGCUCUCACCGCCGAACCGGUCCAGUAUACUUUGUUCACACGAGUGUUUGGGGCGACCGACUCUCCUGAGCUCAAGACGAAACUUGAGGGCUCUUGGAAAUCUCUUCUUGCGCCCGUCGAGAGGAUGUUCCUCAACGACACCUCCGUGACGGCGGCACUGGAAUAA